AUGUCAAAUCUUUCUACUAAUGUGUCUAAUCAAGCAAUUGUUGAAAAUAAAGAAUUUAGUGUAUUACAGUCUGUUAAGGAGUUCUUUGCGAACAGAGAUAUUAAAUUCUACGUGGCCUUAACUGGUGCUCUAGCUAUUUCUGGGGCUGGCCUUUAUUACUAUACCGCCUCAAAGUCACCUCGUCCUAAAUCAAGCAAGAAAAAGAAAGGCAAAUCGCAAAAAGGAACUACUAGAACAAACGUAUCCUCUGCUGAAACAGCACAAACUGGAACAACAUCUGUUUUAUCAACCUAUCAGAACUUAACCGUACAGUCCUCCUAUCUUGCAGCAAAAGGAAUUCGGGGUAAAGCCAUCGAAGAGGAAAUCCAGUAUGAAAUUCUCUCACAAGCAGAAAUCGAGGCAAUGCCACCAGAGCAACGUGCCAAAGCAGCGCAAGUGCUAAAAGACCGAGGAAAUGAUGCUUAUCGCCAAAGAAAUUAUGACAAGGCUGUUAAACUCUAUACUCAGGCCAUUGCAUUUCACCCCAAUCCUGUAUUUUACAGCAAUCGAGCUGCAUGUUACUUCAAUACUGAACAGUUCUAUAAAACAAUAGAGGAUUGCAAAAAAGCACUGUCUUUGGAUCCUUCUUAUGUGAAGGCUCUAAAUCGCCGUGCAGCUGCAUAUGAACAAACAAAUCAAUUUCAAGAAGCACUAUAUGAUUACACAGCAUCAUGUAUCCUCGAUAAUUUCAGCAAUGAAGCAACUGUAGCUUCUAUGGAUCGUACUCUGAAGACAAUCGCUGAAAUAAAGGGCCGCGAAUUAAUGCAGGAUCGAAAAAAGCGGCUACCGUCCUCAAGAUUUAUAAAAGCUUAUUUAGAUUCUUACCGCAAUGAACCAUUGCAAGAAUUUUUUUCUAACCGAGAUGAUGAAAUUGCUGAAAUAAAUGGAGAGAAAGAUAGCCAGAGUGGUUUGAAUUCGGAGGAAAAUGGAGAUUUAUAUUAUAAGAGUGCGCGUCAAAAGAUUCAAGAACUUGACUACUCGGAAGCUUUUAGAGCCUUAGACAAAGCAGUCGAACUUGAAUGCACUAAUAUGGCUCAGGCGAUCGAAAUGCGUGGCACUUUUGUCUAUUUAGAAGGCGAUACUGAGCGUGCCUUAAAAGAUUUCUCAAAAGCUAUUGAACUGAAGCCAGAUUUUGUUAGGCCUUAUAUUAAAAGAGCCAGCAUUUACAUGGAAAAAGGAAAUAUUCAAGAGACGUGGCAGGAAUUCGAAGAAGCUAUUAAAAUUAAUCCAAAUGAUCCCGAUAUAUAUUAUCAUAGGCAAGUAACUUUUUGCAAACGAUACUUGCAAUGCACAUUACACUUCCUUACUGGAGAACUUCAAAAAGCUACUGAAGACUACCGAAAAAGUAUUGAACUUGAUAGUUAUUUCGUCUUUGGUUACAUUCAACUUGCCAUUGCAAAAUACAAAUUAGAACCACCGGAGGCGGGAAUCGAUACAUUCAAAGAAGGUUUACAAAAAUUCGAUAAAUCUGCCGAUAUGCAUAAUUAUUAUGGCGAAUUGUUACUUGAUUUGCAGCGUUUUGAUGAAGCAAUGGAACAGUUUGAUAAAGCGAUCGAACUGCAGAAAAGCAAUCCUUUGCCGUAUGUCAAUAAGGCAUUGGCAGCAUUCCAAAGACAAGAUGCCGCGCAAGCUGAAGAGCUCUGUAGAAAAGCGCUGGAAGUCGAUCCUGAUAGCGAUGUAGCUAAUCCAGCUAUGAGUCAAAUUCUUAUACAACAGGGCAAAACAGAGGCUGCAUUAAAAUACAUCGAGAAAUGUGUGGAGGUUGCUCGAACUGAGCCAGAAUUAGUAGCACAUCUUCAGUUUGCAGAGGCUGCUAGAUCUCACCUAAAUUUUGCAAGGAAUUACCCGCAAUUUGCCGAUCGUCUUACUUCUAUUCGCGCAAUAUCUAGCGGAGAUAUACAAUCUAUAAAGAAACUACUGGAACAAGAUGAAAACGUGUUAUACAGCGAUGAAAAUGGUAUUAGUCCAUUACACGUUGCUUGCGCCAAGGGUCAUUCUGAGAUAGUCUCGUUAUUACUUGAACAUGGCCAUCCUUGGAAUGCAAUAGAUGAUAACGGGAAAACUGCUGCAGAAUAUGCUAAAGAAAACGGAUAUAAUGAAAUCUAUCAAAGAUUAUUAGAGGAAGGCUGUAGGGUCGAACUAAUUCUCGGGCUACUUGGGAGAAAAAAUCAGGAAGAGGAAAAAAAGAAUGAUGGUAAACCAUCAAAUGAGAACUUUCUUACGCGUCCACUUAAAUACUCUGAAGAUGGUACACGGCUGCUUGACUAUGAAAACAAUGGAGUGAUGAUGGGAUGGGAAAAACCACUGAUGGAAAAACAUGCUCAAAUAAUUUGCCCGCGUGAAAAUCUCGAUAUUCUUAAUAUUGGUUUUGGAUUAGGAUUAAUAGAUACCGAGAUACAAAAAUAUAAGCCGCGUACUCACACUAUAAUUGAAGCUCAUCCUGACGUGUAUAAACACAUGAUAGCAGAAGGUUGGCAUCUUAAACCAGACGUGAAGAUUAUAUUUGGACGUUGGCAAGAUGUAUUAGAUCAGCUUGAAACAUAUGAUGGCAUUUUUUUUGAUACGUUUGGGGAAUUUUAUCAAGAUUUGCGAGAAUUUCAUGAAGAGAUGCCGAAUUUUCUGAAAAACGAAGGAAUUUAUUCGUUCUUUAAUGGAUUGGGAGCGACUAAUCCUUUUUUUCACGACGUGUAUUGUCAGAUUGUUGAGAUGCAUUUGGCGGAUGUGGGAUUAAAAACAAAGUUCAUAGAAGUUAAAAUCGAUCCUUCUGAUGAUGAAAUUUGGAAUGGAGUCAAGGGCCGUUAUUGGACAUUAGAUACCUAUAGAUUACCAAUCUGUGAAUUUAUGACUUCUUAG